AAGCCCAUCUUCUCGCAAGCUCGAAGUCAGAAAUAUUACGUGAAAAAUCUUCUGACCGGAGGGGGGUAUUUUAUCCUGAAAAAAAUAUACUACAGAUUCGGCGGGAUUCCCUUCCGCAGUUUGAUAGAACAA